AUGUCACCUCCAAGACAGCCUAUUCUCUUCCUCACAAGUCCCGAACAUGGACAGUCCAACGUCGCACUUGCAGUGGCCGAAGAGUUUCUGCACCGGGGCGAGUUCGAAAUCCACGUCGCUUCCUUCAAGGAAUUAUCAGCUCGCGUGCAAGCGAUAAAUGACAAACCGGAGUACAACCAAGUGCUUCACUUUCAUCCAAUCGCAGGUCCGUCCUUGUCGGAAAUCGUGACCCGUACCGUAUCGGAUAUAUGUCAUCGGCCAGGGCUUGCGGGAACGCGUUAUGCAUGCAACAUAAUCAACAUAUCUGUACUGGGAUGGAAGCCUGAUGAGUACAUACUGUCAUACUGGAGCUGUCUCGAGAUAUUGAAAGAUGUUCGCCCGGUCGUCGUAGUUGCAGAUCCACUUUUGCAUCUAGGACUAGAUGCUGCUCGCAGCAUUGACUCGCGGAUCGUGAUUCUUUGGCCGGUGCCUUUGAAAGAUAUUGUGGCCACUGUCCAACCGAAAGCUGGCAUUUUUUGGAAAUACCCCCUGUGA